AUGUCAUCCGAUCAAACAAAAACAAGUUCUCCGUCUGAUGAAUUAUUAAAAUCAAUUGAUUUAUGGUUAAAAUGGGAUCAAUGUGAAACAACACGAAAAGAAAUUGAAGAAUUAAAAAAGAAUUCAAAAUGGGAUGAUUUAGAAGUUCGUUUAUCACAUCGAAUUCAAUUUGGUACAGCUGGUCUUCGUGCUAAAAUGGGUAGUGGAUUUGCAUCAAUGAAUGAAUUAACUGUUAUUCAAGCAACACAAGUUGCAAUUGGUUUUGAUGCUCGUCAUCAAUCUCAUCAAUUUGCACGUUUAGCUGCUGCUCUUUUCGCUCAUGAAGGUAUUCAUGUUUAUUUAUUUGAUUCAAUAACAGUUCCAACACCAUUUAUUCCAUUUACUGUCAAAAAAUUACAAUGUCAAGCUGGUAUUAUGGUCACAGCAAGUCAUAAUCCAAAAGAUGAUAAUGGUUAUAAAGUUUAUUGGGAAAAUGGUGCACAAAUUAUUUCACCAUUAGAUGCACAAAUUGCACAAUCAAUUGAAGAAAAUUUAGAACCAUGGAAAAAUAAAGCUUGGAAUUUAGAUAUUUUCAAUGAUAAAACUUCGAAAUUGAUUUCUGAUCCAAUUGAAAAGAUUCGUGAUUUAUAUAUGUCAAAUUUAUCAAAAUUAUGUUUUUUUCCCGAAUUAAAUUCAUCAACACCAUUAAAAUUUGUUUAUACACCAGUUCAUGGUGUUGGUCAACCAUAUGCUGAACGUGCAUUUGCUGCAUUUCAUUUUCAACCAUUUAUUUCAGUUGAUGAACAAAAAAAUCCUGAUCCAAAUUUUUCAACAGUGAAAUAUCCAAAUCCAGAAGAAGGAAAAGAAACAUUAGAAUGUGCUAUUCGAACAGCAAAUAAACAUAAUGCUGAUUUUAUUAUUGCAACUGAUCCGGAUGCUGAUCGAUUUGCAUUAGCUGAAAGAGAUACAAGUGGUUCAUCAGAAACUGGAUGGAGAAUUUUAUCUGGUAAUCAAUUAGGAGCUUUACUUGGUUGGUGGCGUUGGUUUACUUGGAGAAAUCGAAAUCCAGAUGUUAAUGUUAAAGAUGUUUAUAUGCUUUAUUCAACUGUUUCAUCAUAUAUUUUAAAAUCGAUUGGAGAAGUUGAAGGUUUCAACACAAUUGAUACUUUAACUGGAUUUAAAUGGCUUGGAAAUCGAUCAAAUGAAUUAAUCAAUGACAAAAAACAUGCUCUCUUUGCUUUUGAAGAAGCUAUAGGAUUUAUGUGUGAUCCAGAGAAUGUUUUAGAUAAAGAUGGAAUAUCAGCAUUAGCUAUUGGAUCGGAAAUGUGUGCUUAUAUUAAAUCAAUUGAACGAACAUUAUAUGAACAAUUAGAUCAUCUUUCAUCACUCUAUGGUUAUCAUAUUAAUAAUAAUUCUUAUGUUAUUUGUAAUAAAAUUGAUGUGAUGUUGAAAAUGUUUGAUCGUUUAAGACAUUAUGAUCAAAGAAAAGAUCAACAUACAACAAAUGAAACAACAAAAAGUGAAAAGAAAGAACCAGAAAUUCUUGUUCAAUAUUCAAAUAAAAUAAAAUCACAUCUUGGUGCAAAUGAAAAAGAAUCAAAAGAUGGACGAAAUGAUGAUGAAGAUUAUGUUUAUCCAAAAUCAUGUGGAAAAUAUGGUAUAACUGGUAUUCGUGAUUUAACUGAUGGAAUUGAAGCUGAUUUUCGUGGUGAAGGAAAAGAUGAAAAACCAACAUUACCUUGUUCAUCAUCAACACAAAUGAUUACAUUUUAUUUUGAUAAUGGUUGUGAAAUAACAAUACGUGCAAGUGGAACUGAACCAAAAACUAAAUGGUAUUCAGAAAUAAGAAAAAAGAAACCAAUGAAAAAUCCAUCAGAAGAAAAUCCAAUGAUUGAUGAUGAACAAUUUCGAAAGCAAACAAAAGAUGAACUUGAUGAAUUAGUCGAACAAGUUGUUCAAGAAUUUCUACAACCAAAACAGAAUCAAUUGAUUGAAAGAGAAACAACAGCAAAAUAA